AGCCAGGACAAUGCAGACUCCACUGACCAUUCCUGUGCCUGUGCCUGUGCUCCGGCUCCCCCGGGGCCCUGACGGCCUGAGCCGUGGCUUUGCCCCCGAUGGACGCAGAGCCGCCCUGAAGCCAGAGGUUCCUGCAGUCCAGGAGUGCCCCAGAGUGCAAGACUCUGGAGAGUCCCAGGAGCAGCGGGCCCGAGCUGCCCUCCGGGAGCGCUACCUCCGCAGCCUGCUGGCCAUGGUGGGCCGUCAGGUGAGCUUCACAUUGCACGAGGGUGUGCAUGUGGCUGCCCACUUUGGAGCCACCGAUCUGGACGUGGCCAACUUCUACGUGUCACAGCUGCAGACUCCCAUAGGUGUGCAGGCUGAGGCACUGCUCCGAUGUAGUGACAUCAUUUCAUACACCUUCAAGCCAUAAAGACAUUGUGUUCACCUUUCUGCUUUUGGCUUAGCUACAGCAUCCCAGGCCUCCAAAUAUUCCUGACCCAGGAACUCUGGGUCGGUAGGGUUAUGAGCUCCCUUGGACUUUUCAGUCAAGCUCCAGGCAACUCUGGACUCCUGAGACCUCCCAGGUCUAGUCAGUAAAAUUCUGCAACGCUAGGAAUUCUAGAUCCCGUUGAAAGGAAUGCUCUACCUCAGAACUCUGAACUCUACUGCACACUCUGUUCCAAGCAGCCUCAUACAAAGGCAGUGAUACAGAAAUAUGGGGCCGACGCCAUUUCUUGAAGACUGGGGCGGGGGAGGGGGGUAUUGGGAUGGGAAGUUGUUUAUGGAAGAGGUUGCAAAGCUCAGCCACCCUGAACAGACUCCCAGUGGUCCCCUCCUGCUAAAGAACCAAUUAUCCCAAGAAAA